GUGUGAACUCCUCUCUCUCUCUCCCAACACUUCCUGUAUCCACUGUUUGGUCUGUUGAUGGAUUUGUUUUUAUCCAAAUCAACUUGGGCUUGGCUAUCAGAAUAAAUGAUGAUUGCCGAGUGAGGGAGCUUGGAGCUUGGAGCUUCGAGAAAAUCGCGAGAGAUAGAGAAAGAAGACAUUAUCAUAAAAAGGAAAAGAUAACUAUGAAUGGAGAAAGAGAAGACAACGAACAAGCGCACCCGGGAGGAGCGUGACCACCGCAAGCAUCGCACCCGUGACGCAGACGACAAAAAGUCUUCCAGAGACCAAGAUCAUCACCAUCACCACCGCCAUCACCGCUCGGACCGCGAUUCCAAGCUCGAGCGCUCCAACGAGCCCCGCGAUCACAAAUCCCGUCGAGAGUCGAGUCACGAAGACCGCGAGGGUUCGGGAGAUAGAGAAGGGAGUCGAGAUAGGCCUUACGAUCGCGAAUCGAAGCGUGAGAGGUCGUAUGAGCCGAGGAGUGAUGAUAAGGCCAAGCAUCACCGGGAAGCGAAGCGCGAGCUGUCUGAAGAACGGGAAGCGUCGAUGGAGAGGAGACAUAAGAGGAAAGAGAGGGGUACGAGUGAGGAUACUAGGGAUGGUGAUGGUGAGAAGAGGGCUAAGGUGUACGACGAUGGGAGGAAGGAGAAGAGGCGGUUAGAGGAUAGGGAUAAAGAAGUUGAGCCGGAAGAGAAUGGGGGUCGCCGGAGAUUUGAGGAUCGACGGUUGAAGGAUGUAGACGGGGAUGGGGAACUUGAGACUAAGUUCAAGAAAGAAGAAGUGGGUCAUGUGCAUUUGGAUAAUUCUCGGACCCCUACUGGCAAUGGGAAAGAAAAUGGGAGUGGUUCACUGGGCAAUGGUGCUGCUCCUGAACCACUCACCACGGCGUCUGGGAGUUUACCUGAAACCUCUUUCACCCCUAGUCAUCCCCUUCCUACCAAGGUAUCUUUGAUUUCUACAGCACAUGAAAAUAAGGGAGUUAGUAUUACCAGAUCUCAUGAGGUUACUGGAAAAUCUAGUACAGAUGGGACAUCUUCAACUGCUGGAAAAAGUGGAAGUCUGUCUCUUGAUGCAUUAGCAAAAGCUAAGAAAGCUUUACAGAUUCAGAAGGAAUUAUCAGAGAAGUUGAAGAGAAUUCCUCUUUUGAACAAGGGUGCUAGUGCAAGUUCAGAUACUAGCACUAACUUGGGUGUAAAGGAGGGGCUGAAGCCUGUAUCAACAACCUCCGCUACAGCUAUAUCCGAGGCAACAUUGAAUUCCUCAAACUUGCUUGCUUCUGGCAUAGCAUCUGUGAACCCUGCAAGUGGCUUGGCUACUUCUGCUGGUCUUACGGCCAUUCCCAACUAUGAGGCUGUAAAACGUGCACAAGAGCUAGCUGCCAGGAUGGGAUUCCGCCAGGACCCUGAGUUUGCUCCUCUCAUAAACUUGUUUCCAGGACAGGCUACAACAGAUGUGGCUGCUUCCCAGAAGCCUACUAAAGCUCCUGUUCUUCGUCUUGAUGCUCUUGGUAGGGAAAUAGAUGAGCAUGGGAAUGUCGUGAAUCUGACUAAACCAAGCAAUCUCAGCACCUUAAAGGUUAACAUAAACAAACAGAAGAAAGAUGCAUUUCAGAUUCUUAAACCUGAUUUAGAUGUGGAUCCAGAAUCAAAUCCUCAUUUUGAUUCUAGGAUGGGUUUGAAUAAAACUAAAAUCUUGCGGCCUAAGAGGAUGAAUUUCCAGUUUGUAGAGGAAGGAAAGUGGUCUAAAGAUGCCGAGCAUAUAAAAUUGAAGAGUAAAUUUGGUGAUGCACAAGCCAAAGAGCACAAAGCAAAGCAGGCACAAUUAGCGAAGGCAAAGGCAGCUCCUGAUAUAAAUCCAAACUUGAUAGAAGUAUCUGAGAGAGUUAUAACAAAAGAAAAGCUAAAGGAACCUAUUCCUGAAGUUGAGUGGUGGGAUGUGCCUCUUUUGCACUCUGGUCUUUAUGGAGAUGUUGCUGAUGGUAAUAUUUCGGAAGGUAUACUAAGGGUGGAGAAAAUCACUAUCUAUGUUGAACAUCCUCGCCCUAUUGAGCCCCCUGCUGAGCCAGCUCCUCCACCACCUCAACCACUCAAGUUAACCAAGAAAGAACAAAAGAAACUCCGCACACAGCGGCGACUGGGUAGGGAGAGAGAAAGGCAGGAGAUGAUCAGACAAGGCCUGAUAGAACCUCCAAAACCAAAAGUUAAAAUGAGUAAUUUAAUGAAGGUUCUUGGUUCUGAAGCAACACAAGAUCCAACUAGGCUUGAGAAGGAAAUUCGUAGUGCAGCUGCUGAGCGCGAACAAGCUCACAUAGACCGGAAUACUGCACGUAAGCUCACUCCUGCUGAGCGCCGUGAGAAGAAAGAGCGGAAGCUUUUUGAUGAUCCAAAUACAGUGGAGACCCUAGUUUCAGUUUACAAGAUAAAUGACCUGUCACAUCCUCAGACUCGAUUUAAGGUUGACAUUUUUGCCCGACAGAAUCGAUUGACUGGGUGUGCUGUUAUCUCUGAUGGUAUUACAGUUGUGGUUGUUGAAGGUGGAAGUAAAUCCAUUAAGAGGUAUGGAAAGCUUAUGCUUAGGCGCAUAAACUGGGCAAAUGCUGUGAAAGAUGAGCAAGGGGAUGAAGAUGAACAAGAUGAUAAACCUCCAAACAAUUGUGUGUUAGUUUGGCAAGGUAGUGUUGCCAAGCCUACGUUCACUAAAUUUUUAAUUCAUGAUUGCAUGACGGAAGCUGCUGCCCGGAAGAUUUAUGCUGAUGCCGGAGUUGUUCAUUACUGGGAUCUGGCGAUUAAUUUUACGGAUGAUCAAAUGUAAAUCAAGAGGCUGCUUCCAAUGGCGAAUUUCCACCUCAUCAGACCCCUUCAUUUGACUUAUUCGGCUAUUUCUGUGAAGCUCGAAAAAAAAAUUCAAGAUUCUGAUUAGUGAAGUGUUUCCAACUCCUCGGAAGGCUUUAUUCAACUUGAUUUUCCUUUUUCCGACAUAAUAUAGUUGAUGAGGUUCUAGUACUGCAUGCAAUUUAUGAAAUGUAUGGAGAUAUGUUAGAUGUUGACAGCCAGUAGAAUUUUAACAAUGGUAUCUGUAAACUUGCUUGCCCAUGUUUCUGAACCAUCCAAUUCGUGGGUUUUUGGUACAAUGCAUAUCUGAACCAUCCAAUUCGUGGGUUUUUGUACAAUGCAUCAAUCGGAUGAAUUAUUCAUUAUCUGUUGCCUGCUCAUUCUUUGAAGGUGUUUCUUUGUAACUGGGGUACCCCUGAACAUUCUAAUUCUUUUAUUUGCCUGGAGUGACAGGACAGUACCUACUGUGUUAAGUACCAUGACAAAUGGCAGAUACAAAGAACUCUGCAGAUACUUAAUUGUCGAUGGUGAAAACUAUUCGAUAAUGGCUGAGCUAGAAUUUUGGUUAAUCUUACUCGAAAACUGAUCCUAUUCUCAAUUUCAUA